AGAAGACAGACUCACCCAUGUGACCCAUGUAAACAUGGCAGCCUCCUGUGUGCAACGAGAGAAUGUCAUAACGAGCAUCGGUUUUGUUCUGUAGCUUAUUAACAAAGAGGUUCAUUUCGAAUAUCUGUUAUAUAUUUUUAUUAAGAUGUUUCACGCAACAGUGCGAAGGAUAAGGGCAUCGGCUCUCAAAAUAACUCAGAAAUGCAAAUCUAAAGACUGUGUCCUUAAUGGACAUCGCUGCUUGUCAACCAGCCCGUGCUUAUGCGGGAAGGUUCUUCCGAGGAAAAAGCCUCGAGUGGUUCAUGAAAUAGCCGGACUGGAGCCCAUCACGUAUGCCGACAGGAUGCACUUUGUUCCUGGACUGGCAAAGCCGAAGUUUCCCGAAUGGGACCGUGGAUGGCAGGAACCCAAUCACUAUCAGUCACCUAAACUAGAAGACAUGCCUCUGCAUAAAGACAAACCUUGUUACAUCUUCAAUCAGAGGACUAAUGUACUGGAAGGGGUUCGACAAGCACUUUGGCUCAGUAAGUCAGUCAUCAUCAAAGGGUUACCUGCUCAUAUUGUGCACCUGCCUGAAGAUCCAGCCAAUCAGAUUGAGAAUCAGGAUGAGAGAGUUCAGAAUGCCAUUAAAAACUCUAGACUGUGGGACACCACUGGACACCGGCCACCCAGAGACAGAUUCUGCCCUUCACUCUUGCACAAUCUGCUUCACCUGUGUGGAGGCCUGCAGGUGACUCAUCCUGAGCUGGGCAAAAGGAUUCUUGCUGAUAAAUACAGUUUGGCAGCUACGUGGAGAAGAGGAGAGGACGUGUUCCAGGUGAGAGGUCAGAAUGGGCUGCUGUUGAACAGUAUGACUCCUCUGCCAAUGGUGGCUGGAGAGGAGCAGAUCCAGAGCACAGUUGAUCAAGCUCUGGAGACUUUCUACCCCAUCGCGCCCACCAUUGACCUGCAGUGUACACACGUCUAUCAGGAGAAGAAUGACACAGGUUUCAGAGAGGACUACCCUUUCCCUCAUGCCCACACACUCUUCCUAAUGGAGAUGGGCAACACCCCAAAACUUUUCCCUGAACAGCUCCGUGCUAAGAUGGUAAUGUUCACCUUUGGGAACGCCCUGGCCCGAGCCCAAGCACUGUAUGGGAAGGAGCCCAGAGUUCUGGAGAAGCCAAUUGUGGUGCAGAGCGUGGCAACUAAUGGGCGCCUCUUCCAGUUUGUGGUGUUCCAGCUCAACACGACUGACCUGCAGUCUGACAGCGGAGUAAAGAACCUGGCAUGGGUGGAUGAGGAUCAGCCUCUUUAUGAGUUUGUCAAAAUUCGGCCGCUAAUCAAGAAGAAAGUUGUGCAGGUCCCUGCUGGUUUGUCAGGAUAUCAGCCUAACACCUUCAAGAAGUUCCUGGGACUCUACCUCCAUGGAGCAGUGUGAACAGCUCUGAGACCAAAACACCUUUGCCAGAAUAUAACAACAUGUAUUUUAAUUUGUCAUCCAACUCCCAUAAAUGAAAAAUAAAUAAGUGUGAAUAUAAGCCCUUACUAGAAA